UUUCGUGGAAUGCUAAUCAUGCUGAUAUAAAUCAUGGCCAUGGACCAAGAUGGCAGUUGGUUGAGUGGAUUGAGUGCAAGAAAAAGUAUUGAUAAAAGUUUGUUAAAGAACAUUAUAAGGCAUACUGAUGCACACAAUAAGAUUCAAGAGCAAAAUGAAAUGUGGAAGCAAUGGGGGUUAAAAAAGCAAGCUCGUGAGAGAGACUUGUCAUACAAGCAUGAUGGCAAUAUCAGGGGUUACAUGAGAAGUGACAGUGGCCUGUCCUCUGCUAAGAAGAAAGAAAGUCUGAAGUGGAACCGUCUUCUUCUAGAGUACGAGGAAACAAGGAAAGAUCGCUGGGGACAUAGUGGUUAUAAAGAAUUGUAUCCUGAUGAGUUUCAACAUGAUGGACAUGACAGUGAAAUAGAUACAAAUGAGAGUGAGGAUUCAGAGAAAGUAACAGUUAAAACAGAAAGUCCUAGCAGGGAAAAGACAAGCAAAAAAGCGAAGAAGGAAAAAACAAAGAAAUCCAGAAAACCUACAUCUGAUUCUGAUGAGAGCGAUGUUGAAAUGACUUUCAAUCGCAGAAAAGCAAAUAGAAAAGCCAAAGAGGUUGACGAUAAAAAGACCCAUGGAAAAAGAAAGAUUGUUCAGAGUAAAGAAUCGAAUUUUAAUCGUGGAGAACGGGAGAAAUCGAGGAAAUCUAAAUACGACGAAUUAGACAACGAGAAUGAAACCGACGGCAAAAGCAAGAAAACAAAUGGCAAGUCCAAGGAUCUUCAUAAUCGAGAAAUGGAAAGAAAGGUGAAACUGAAUAAGGAAUCAAAGACUAAGCGAUCUGAAAACCAUGGGGAAACGAGUAGAGAGUACAUUAACAAUGAAAGGAAAGAGAAGAAAAAAUCAUACGGCAAUUUAAGGAAUGACGGCAGGAAUAAAACGAGAAGUACUGAGAUAUCAGACAGUGAUGAAAGUGUAAAAAAACGAGGUGAUAGAAAACGAAAUAGGGACGAUGCAUUGAGAACGUGUACUAGGGCAGAUGGAAAGACUAGUUCGAAGAAGAAAACGAAAAUGAGACAUUAGGUUUUGUUUAUUUUCUCUAUAUAGUAGCCGACGUGAAGGUAUACCAUAGUCUUUGCAACGGACAAAACGAGUCAAGAAUUUUAGCUUACCACUUGUGUUUAAUAAGUAUUUUACACUGUAAGAUAAAAUUACAUUUCACCAUUUGUUCCAUGAAUGGUUGAUAACGAUUCAGCAUUGAAAAUUCUACCGUACAUUCAAAAAGUUUUGAAAUCAAUUUUUGGCAAAUCAAAACCCCCGGUUGAGAAAUUGUAAAAAAAAUAUCGGGACAAAUUGAUGGGACAGUGAAGUGUAAUAAUACAACGGCAGACUUGCUUUCUAUUUCGAACUUAUCCACCGUUAAAGCUAAACGGGCUUGAUGCAACCGGCCCCAGGGUCAGGGGCCAGCUAUUCGAAAGGCGUUUAGCUUAAACAGUGGAUAAGCCAACGGUUUAGAAAUACUCUCAUAGAUCUUGUGAAUGACUGAACCUGCAUCUUAUGCAUUUAAUUAAUAUGUACUUCUGUUGACAAUUAAACU